AUGCCUCAUCCCACCAAAUCCAUCCUGAUUACCGACAGUGGCGCCGACCAAUUCUUGGCAGGCUAUGUUUGGAGAAGGAUUGGUAUGACUGGAAGACAUAUCGCACUCACAGGGCCUAUUGCAGGUCAAGACAUUGGUACCGUCUUACCAGUGUCAUCAGUUGCCGCCAAGAUAAUUGAUGCACACGGCAAGACCUAUUGUGGUAAAGCCCAUGAAGUCCUUCACAACACUAAUCCACACCAACAUGAAUCUUUACUCCCUCCAGCUCAGGCCCGCGCUGCUGGUAACGCUGUGGAUGAGUGCCCAUCUGAUGCACUAACACCAACCUUGACGACGGUGACAAGGAAUGGUUGA